GCAUUCUCUUUGUACAUGACUGUAAAGAAAAAAUAACGACGUGCGAACCAAACAGUUCUUGUUUGGGCGGCUCAUCCUGGCCUGCCGGAGGCAUUCUGUUGCUGGAUUUUGUUUGUGCAGUGAAGCAAUUGGUUCUUCAGGUGAGCCAGCGCUGCUGCAAUAGUGGCGUUGGUAGCUUCGAUGGACGGCCGUGGCUUCGUUGUCAGUAUCUGCUUCAACGUUGUUGGAUUCGUCCUACUUUUGUGCGCCAACUAUGGCUGGUCAGAGCACGGGUACAAUGGAGGAGGUCAGAGAGGUAUGUCAGGCCUCACACCGAGCCAACAGCUCUCCAUGUCAUCGGAGACCGGGUUUGAGCAGCAAGACAGGCUGCUGCCAGGAACCAAUUCUAGAGAGCAGGGCAAGAUAGCAAUGGAGACGGGUGCCGCAGCGCACAUGCUAACCGAGCGGAGGCCAACAAGGAUCGGAGGUGCUGGCGCUGACGGCGGUCAGCCCAACACUGGACAGCACGUCUUUGAGAAAGAGCCAGUGACCUCGUUGCCCGCGUCUACUCAGUCUACUGGAGUCGAGCAGCAGCAACAAAACUGCCAAUGCAGUGCCUGUGCUGACAUGGACCCAUGUUGCAGGGCCACCGAUCCCAGAAAAGUCGUGUAUCUUGCCAUUAUGUGCAAAUCCGCACCAGGAAAUUUCGAACGGCGACAAAAGAUGCGCGCAGCAUGGGCUAAGGCGAUGAGAGUCGACUCGUUCUACAACGCCAAUGUCAUGGACAAGAUGGUCCAUUUCUCGUUUGUGAUAGGCAAGUCUGGCAAGAGAGAAACGGAUGAUGCUGUCGAUGGUGAAAGUCGACUUUACAAUGACACUGCUGUUGGGAACUUCAAAGACACGUACCAGAACCUGACAUCGAAGCUGCUGUGGACGCUGACACACGUGCAGCAGACUAUGAGAUUUCGCUACCUACUGAUGGCUGAUGACGAUGCUUUCAUCAAUUUGAACGCCUUGAUUCAGUGGCUGGUGGUAAGUCCCAAUGAGCGGUUCUACUCGGGAAUGAUGGAAAAAGAUGUGCUGGUGGUGAGGGAUCCCGAGUCAAAGUGGUAUGUCAGAAGAAGUUUCUACGGUCCUGAGACCUACCCACCGUAUCACCAGGGCUUUGGCUAUGUGACGUCGUGUGAUAGUGUGGAAGACGGUAUGAAGUACGUGUCCGGGAUACCGUUGUUUGGAAUUGACGACACCGUGAUGGGGAUGUUGAUGUUUGUUGGGGGUGUGAAGGCCUCUCACAUGCCUCGCUUCCACUCGGCACCCUAUUACUGCCAGAAGUUCAUGGAUCGACAUCCAUUGGUCAUUGGCGAUAUAGAGGCAGCGGACUAUGACAAAUACACCAUUGACUUGCUGGACCAUGGAUGCGGUGUAUGUGCCGGCAAGAAUAGUAAACCGCCAAAGUCCUCUGCCGGAUAGUGCCAGGGGAACGCUUGUCACCGUGCAUGAGUUGCCUCAUUGCCGCUGGCAUGCUGCAAAGAAGCAGCAAGUAUCAACGAGCCAGCUCUCUCCCGAUCGCUCCUUUAGCACCAUACGUUUGUGUGGUGCGUGGAAGAGAACGUUGCAUUGAUAAGUGGAACCACAGCUUCCAGUAUCUGUCAGUAGGUCCUCUGGCAUGCAGAACGCGGCUACGCAGACUGUGCUCUGAUAUGCCUAACUCCAACACGCAAAUGCCACGUGGGCUGUGCUGUCUGGCGCCAAUUUGAGAAGUGUGCUGCACGACAAUCAGUACGCUCUUGGCCUUUCUGAUCUGUUUUGUUUUUAUACCAGCACUGCAGAACUGCUCGGUUAGCAGGGAGCGGCAAGGCAUAUUUGAACUUGAUAAUAUUUAUUCUUGACCACAUAGGUAUACAUCGCUCCUACCGUUAUCCAAACAUUCCAAACGACUAGACAUUGUUAUUCCAGAUACGGUGCUAUGGUUUGCCGCAUCACUUACUACUCCAGCGCAUCUAUAACCUCCCCAAUUCCAGCGUAAUUUACCAUUGAAUAUUUUGGGCCAUUCAUUCCAGGCUACCGUUUGACUGUUUCUUUAUGUUUGACUUUCCUUUUAAAGAGUCGUUUUCUGCUACAUGUAUAUGUACAUGUAGUACGCUUGGCUAUUUCUGAAAAAUCCUAUUGAUGCAGCGAAAAGACUAGUUAUUAUUAUUGAUAUUUUUUCCAGUCGUGGUGCAGAGUUUUGUACGGUUGUCUACCUACAUGUACAUGUAGGCCAGUU